UUGUAGCAGGAGAAACAGCAAGUUUUGGCCAAGCGCUCACCAUUCUGCAGAAUAAGGACCAGAACUUUACAGAGGUAAACUGUGUCUGUUCUUUUUACUAUUACAGCAGUUCAUCGUGGCCCUGUAGUUCGCCUCCUUCACCAAAGCUCUGUCAGGGACCUACAUGAAGAGUGCCAUCACUCAGAGAGACACUUUGACCUGUCCAGCUCUCUCAUCGGACUCAUAGACGGCAGCUUUGAGAUGGGUUUCAACAAUAACAUUGAGUUGCUUGAGAAUUCAUGUAGUAAAAACCAGAUACAGACUACAGUAUGAUCCAUUUUUUUUGUGGUUCAAUCAGAGUCUGCUCUCAAUACUGUCCAGUUUUAUAGUUGUUCCUAUUAAUUGAUUGACUGGCGUUUGUCUAUGACUCUACUGUCAAACCCCUAACAUUGUUUUAUUUGAUGCUAUGUUGUUGCAGCCUAGUAUCCAAACUGAUAUGCCAUUUUUAGUUUAAAAAAUAACAGUGUUUAUAAUUUGCUCUUCCUGACUACUGCAGUGUUGUGGUUUCUUGCAGGUAACCUGCUGUUCCUGGCUGUGGUCAGCCAUUUUGGGGCGAAGCUGCACCGGCCCAGGUUCAUUGCUAUGGGCUGUUUCCUCAUGGCUGUAGGAUCCUUCCUCACAGGCCUGCCGCACUUCUUCAUGGGACGGGAGAAAAUCAAGUGAGUUUGACAAACUCCAGAAGGAGAACUCACAGAUGAAGAGCGUCAUCGAAAACCUGAGGAAGCAAAACAUGGCUUUAAACCAACAGGAUGACCAGGACAAGUUUUCAAGUUUUGGCUAUCAGGAGAGCUACCCAAUCGCAGAGGGCCAUCGUGGCUUCAUCAGUGAUGCCAGACUUCUGCAGAUGCAGAGAGCUGAGAGAGAGGCCAUGGAAACAAAGCAAAGAAAGAUAAGUGCUAUCCAUGAGAAUUAUGUCCGGACUGCUCUCAUCGGGGUUGGCAGCACCUUCGCGCACCACUUCGUCCCCUCUAUUCAGUGCAUUCCGCGGCCGAAAGCUCCACCGAGGCCUUUGCCACGAAGGCUUGAGCACAUAGCUCUGGCCCCACUGAAGAACAUGGUGGGGGUGGACGGAGCCCAAGUUCGACCCGGAUCUCACUCUCUGGAGUCCAUCCAGGUAAAUAAGUCAUUCAGCAGCAGUAGCGUGUGGCCUGUUCCCGUCCCUCCCACUGCAGCUCCCUCCAAGAGGGGCAAGAAGAAGAAGGGCAGGCGGGGAGUCAAAGCCCUGAUAGUCCAGUCGGACCAGGGCUGUGCUGACAACAACGGACCCAUUGACCUGAUGGAGGAGGUGAGGGACAUCGAGGCUCACCUGAAGGAGGAGGACUGGAAGGGGGUACAUGAGGUGAAGGCCAUGGGCAGGAGAAGUUUGGGCUCGGACAUGUCCACGGGGGAAAUAGCAACCAGCUCUCUGGGAAGCCUGAGCUCAGUGGAUAUGAACACCCCUGCGGAGCUCCGUGACUACUUGGAUGUCGGGACCCCGGUCAAGUCGCUUGACAGCCCACCCAGGCCUGCUCCCCCUCCUACCAAGCCCAGGAGCAAACAGCCUCGGCCUAUAAGGUUCCUUAGCCUGCCAAAGGCUGCCACCGGCUCAGACAAGAUGGCAGCCAGUAAGCCAAAGGGUCAAAUUAAGAACCAGGCCAGAUUGCAUCCCCUGUCCAACCCAGAGCAGGCCCUGACUAAGACCUUCAAGCUGCUCCACUCUGCCUCUGAUGACUGGGAGAAGAAGAUUGAGGGCUUGACCUUUCUCCGUGUGAUGGCUCAGAACCACAUGGACAUACUGAUGCCUAAACUCCAUGAUAUCUGCCUUGCCAUUAUAAAUGAGGUGAAGAACCUGCGCUCUGCAGUGUCCUGUGCUGCCAUGGCCACACUGGGUGACAUGUACGUCCACCUCCAGAGGGUCAUGGACAGUGAGGUGGAGGGGACGGCACGCGUGCUGCUGCACAAAGCCAGCGAGGCCAACGCCUUCAUCCGGCAGGGCGCCAACUUUGCCCUGGGUCACAUGGUGCAGAGCUGCACCCCUACACGUGUCAUGAAUGCCCUGCUGGUCGGUGGGCUGAGCCACCGUAACGCUGCGGUGAGGAGCUGCACUGCUCAGCACCUGGAGAGACUGGCUGAGGUCAUGGGGACGGCUCGUCUCCUGUCGGGGAAGAAAGACCUCACUGACCGUUUCUUGAUUGCCGUCAGUAAACUGGCUGUGGACCCUGCACAGGAAGUCAGGCCGGUGGUAGCUGGUCCUAUGCAGGAAGAUGAGGUUCCGGAGGUUCCUCCGCCCCCUCUGGACAUCGAGGGGUCCCCGGCGUACAAGAUACGAGCUAUUCUGGACUCGAGACGCCGGGUGAGAGGCUUGCAGUACCUCGUUGACUGGGAGGGGUACGGUCCGGAGGAGAGGUGCUGGGUCCCGGUGAGGGAUAUUCUAGACCCAUCUAUGUUGAGUGAAUUCCAUCGCCUCCGUCCGGAUCGCCCAGCGCCUCGACCCCCGGGUCGUCCCCGAGGCCGGCGUCGGCGCGCUGCGGGAGCUGCGCGUCAGGAGGGGGGUACUGUCACGAAUAUUACCGAAGGUGACUCCCCUUCUUGUUCGGGUGGUGCUCGGCGGUCGUCGUCGCCGGUCUACUAGCUAUCGCUGAUCCGUUGUUCUGUGUUCGUUUAGUUCUGUCUAAUUGGUAUCACCUGUUUCUUGUUUGGUUGUUAGGAUAGGGUUAUAUAUAGUCUGUUCAGCCCGCUUCUGUUUCGUGCGGGCUUGUUCUCCUGUUUCUUUGUUUGAGUGUAUUUUGUUGGCAUUUGGGUUUCACACUGUCCGUUUAUAUUUCUGUUCAUUUGUGUUUCCACUUUUGUACAUGUUAUGUUUCCAGGACAUUAAAGCGUGUUGUUUUUCCCACAUCCUUUGCUCUCUGCGCCUGACUCCACACCUCUUCACUCAUUUACACUUAACACCACUGAUUCUUUCCUCCCCCUCCUUGUCUGUUUAUUGGUUACACCUGUUGUGUAUUUGCUGAUUAGUUGGGCUUUAUUAGCCAGCCGACCCGUCUGCUCUUUGUGCGGGAUUGUUUUGUGUAACUUGUGUGCACGUCUGUGGGUUACGUGUUUCCCAUUUUGUGGGUUUUGCUGGACAGUUUAAGUCCCCGUGUUUGGGAGGUUGUUUUGUUGUACGCCCUGUGUUUUCGUGGGGUUGGCUUAUGUUCGCCGUUUUGUGCAUUAAAUUAGCACUACCCUGAA